UUGUGUGUUCUAGAAGAAACGGACGGUUGUUUCUAAUAAUGCUCCCAGUGAAGUUUCGUUUAAUGUAAUCCGAUCGAAACGCGAGAAUCGUCUGCUGGCGUUCGUGCGUGCACUGUGCGUUUAAUAUGCGUUAACUGGUGCCAAUGUCGCUGUCCGACUGUCCGUUCGUGAUUCUUUUACAUUUUGUUUGUACAUUUCCCGUUGUACGUUCGAUGCGGGCGACGAUGUUUUCUUAUGGUGAUUUAUGAUCUUUGAAGGUUCUGAAGAUUUGUAAAGGUAUCUGCCUGUAUCCAAGAGUCGUGCAACAUGCCUUCUGUUUGUGGGGAUACAGUUGAUAUGUCUGCUGCUCAGUCAACUGUUGUAGAAGGUAUAUCUAGUACAGACAGUGUUGGUACACACAGUGAUAUUUCUGGCCAUACUACAGUUUCUGGAAGACCCAGAAUGGACGUGGCUUGUGUUUUGGACCUGCAACAAUCGGAACAUUUAGCUCAGAGGAAACGGGCUUUGGAAGAAGUCAGACAAGCAUGUAACUUAGUCAAUGCUAACAUGCAUCAUAUUCAGUUUGAAAAGCUGGAUUUUGGAGAGACAAAUGUAUUGGAUACAUUCUAUAACGCGGAUGUAGCUGUUGUAGAUUUGAGCGUACAAUUGCAACAGUCUGCUCUGUUCUAUCACCUCGGUGUUAGGGAAAGUUUCGGUAUGAAAGAGAAUAUUCUGUUACACAAUGAUGUGGACACGGAAACAACGAUCAGAAUCAAGUUAUCAUGCGGCAACUAUACAUUUGUCUCGUAUCGUCUGGUGGAAUGUGGUUCGUGCGUAGCGACAAAUCCAGCCACGAGCAGAAUUACCGGGGAGGAGGCGAUAGAUCCGAAGCAGCACCUUACGAUAAAGCUUAAGAAAUUGUUUCAAGACGUCGAAGUACAAUCCAAAGCACAUAUGAAAGAGAAGUUCCUGGCGGAUUUACGGAAGGCUCGUGAGACCUACUCGGGUGAAGAACUUUCGAAAGCUUUGAACAACAUGCGGAAGCGAUUAGACGACCCGAACGUUUUAUCCGGGGAAGUCGUUCUAAACGUGCUCAUCUCGUUCCGCGAGAUACAGGAUUACGAUGCGAUGGUGCAGUUAGUCGGUGAUCUGAGAACGAUACCGACUCACAAGAAUUACAUCAACACACCGGCCAUUCGGUAUUUAUACGCGUUCGCUUUGAAUCGACGAAAUAAAGAGGGUGAUAGAGAAAGGGCGUUGAAAGUUAUAGAAAAGGCAUUGGAGAAGAAAGAGAAUCAUGUCCCUGAUAUGUUGUGCCUUUGCGGGAGAAUAUAUAAAGAUAAAUUCGUAGAGAGCAGGCAUACCGAUGAAGAGAGUUUGAAAAACGCGAUUCAUUGGUACAGGAAAGGUUUCGAAGUUCAACCGAAUGAGUACGCUGGAAUAAACUUGGCAACGUUACUGGUGAUAGCAGGAAACGAGUUUUCAAAGAGCGAGGAAUUGCAACAUAUAGGCAUGGUGUUGAACAAUUUGAUCGGGAAGAAAGGUAGCUUGUCUAGCUUGAAGGAUUACUGGGACGUCGCCACGUUCUUUGAGAUCAGCGUACUUGCUGCGGACUAUUCGAAGGCUAUUCAAGCGGCCGAGUGUAUGUUCAAGCUGAAGCCACCAAACUGGUACCUGAAAUCGACAAUAGGCAACAUAUCGCUGAUAAAUAGGUUUCGUAAAAAGAAUGAGGAAGCCGAGGUUUCGCCAGAGGAGCAAAUAUUUAGUUUUUGGAUGGACUACUUUGUCGAAGCUACGAAAUCGGAAGUUGGAGAUAGUAUACGGUUUCCACUAUUAGUGUUGGAGCCGACGAAGAUCUUGAUGCCAAGCUACGUAAACGUUAAUCUAGGAGCGGAGGAGAAAUCGGUGCAAAUAUGGAACUUGUGCCUGGACUAUAUGAAGAGCAGUUGCAAACAGGUUCACGAUUGGUUGUUCACCGCGAACAUGAUACGCAGCGUGAGUCUGUACAAAAGAGACGAACGCUGCCUCUUUUUAUACGUCCAUCAGAACUCGGACGAUUUCCAAAUGUAUUUCCCGUCCGUUCAAUGCAGACAAAGGUUUUACGAUCUGAUUCUGGAGAUGACGAGAGAUGAGGAGGGUAUGGUUGCCGAUUUGGACGCGUACAUGACCGACGACAGAAUGAAGUUCGAAUACGAGCUGGACGAUCAAAACAAGCGAAUAAUGCUUGGCAAAGGAACAUACGGUGUCGUCUUUGCUGCUCGAGACUUGAACACACAAGUUAGAAUUGCCGUGAAGGAGAUCCGCGAGCGAAAUCUAGGGGACGUACAACCUCUACACGAAGAAAUUAAAUUGCACAGUCAGUUGAGGCACAGAAACAUCGUGCAGUAUUUGGGUUCCGUGAGCGAGGAUGGAUAUUUCAAAAUUUUUAUGGAACAAGUACCUGGAGGUAAACGAGGAACAUUAGACAGUACGAGGAACAGUAUACAGUCACUGAUCUCGUAUUGGUUUUUUUUUUUAGGUAGUCUUUCUGCUUUGUUAAGGUCGAAGUGGGGCCCUUUGAAAGAAAACGAAUCCACGAUCGCGUAUUAUACUAAACAGAUCUUAGAAGGUCUCAAAUACCUCCACGAUCAAAAAAUUGUUCAUCGAGAUAUCAAAGGUGAUAAUGUUUUAGUGAAUACGUACAGCGGCGUUGUAAAAAUCUCAGACUUCGGCAUGUCGAAACGACUGGCUGGUUUGUGCCCGAGCACCGAAACGUUUACGGGAACAUUGCAAUACAUGGCACCGGAAGUUAUCGACAAGGGACAACGUGGAUAUGGAGCGCCCGCAGAUAUCUGGUCUCUUGGUUGCACAAUCGUUGAAAUGGCAACUGGCAAACCACCGUUCAUCGAAUUAGGCUCACCUCAAGCUGCAGUUUUCAAGGUUGGAUAUUACAAAAUACAUCCGGAAAUUCCAUCGGAAUUAUCGGAGAGAGCAAAGAAUUUUAUACUGCGCUGUUUCGAGCCAAACCCGGACAUAAGAGCAACCGCGGCGGAACUAUUGGAGGAUCCAUUUUUAAACGAGAAGAAGAAAAGUAGUCGAUUGGUGGCACCGCCGGAUUUCAGUAGAAGCAUUUCGGUACCCGCUGACAGGAUCGAACGUCUGGGGAAAUCGGACAAAACGAAUAACAAUCAUAUCGUUUCGGCUUCGCCGAUUCAUACUUCGCAGUCGGACGAUAGCGGAGGGUUGACAAAGUCUAGCCCGCUAAGGGAGCGCAGUCCAGCACACCUACUGUCUCCCAUCAGAAUGCCCGCUGCAACCCUUUCUUUUAACAGUACGAUAGGAAAUACACCGUCCAUAGAAACCAGCGAGUCCGAUACAGCGGGAGCUUCGAUGACUAGAAGGAGUUCCUCCGGCGGCUUGUUGUCGCCGGAGGUUGAAUUAGGAGGUCAACCCGGCCAAAAGACUGGCGAGGAACAAGAAGGUUUCUAUCUAUUGAAGAAAGAUAGUCAAAGAAGAAUGACGUUAACGAGAGUCCUCACUCAGGACGAGGCGAAGAUAUGCGAAGUAUGGAUGAGAAGCAUACAUCAAGCAGAGGGACAAACCGUUCUGAAGAUGAAUCAUUUAGUAUUAUUAAUGCGCGCAUUGAGAGACUACAUCGCGGAGCAAAAUCAGGAAGUAAUCGUGACGGCCAUCAGAACUCUGAAGGAGGAACUAGACUUUGAUUCCACCGCGAUUAAUCACCUCAAUGUGGCUAUUUGUCUGUUUCAAACGGCGGUAAACGAGGUUCUACGAAUGCACAGUAUCAAGCCUCAUUGGAUGUUCGCGCUGGACAAUUUAGUGAGAAACGCGGUUCAGACCGCUAUCACUGUCCUCUCUCCGGAACUCGGUGCCAAUUUACUUGGUCAAGAUCGCAUGCAAACCGGUGGCCAGGGUCCGGAGGAGGGGUCCACGUCCGGUGUGUCGAACUCCGUCAAUUCCGUGAAAUCGCAGAAAACCGGCGAUUCUUUAGAUAACAAAUACUGGAAAGAGUACCGGGAUCAGAUGGGAGAAUUUAAAAUGGAAAACAUGAAACUGCUUCAAGAGUUGAUCGAGAAUCAAAGGUCGUAUCAAGCCCUGUUACAACAGGUUCUCGAGGAGCAAAGAGCGCAGGUCAGCACCCUGACCAGGCUUUGCGAGAAUAUAAACAGACGUACUAUGAGACAAGAAUCGGGAUACAAUUCGACGGUACUUGGAAAUACACCGUCGCAACAGGUUUCGUUGAUAGUCACUGACACCCCUUCGAGUACAACUUCGUGUAUCGAUCAAGCUCUGGUUGAUUGGCUGAAGUAUACGGUUCAGAUAGAUGAAAUGACGAUAGAAAGGUUCGUAUAUGAGCAAUAUACAUUAGAAGAUGUAUUGAACCACGUUACACGCGACGAUAUUCGCAGACUUAAUCUCAGAGGUGGAAUCGAGUUGAGGAUAUGGCAGGCUAUAUUGAAGCACCGAGAGAGUUGUCCAUUAUAGUGAUCGGGACGAAUUUACAUCGUGGUCGAAUUCAUGCAGGGUAAAAUGUUCGUAGGACGUGGCUACGUUAACAAAAUCAUUCAGAUAUUUAAUUUCAAUUGAAAUGCCUAUGGUCGUUUGUCAGAGUAUUGUCGGUGAGGUGAGUUUACGCGGGGAGUUUCAAGUGCACAAUGAUAUUAUUAGUUUAUCUCGUAGUUCCUAAACGUAGAGUAUUUACGGGUUACAAAACGUGUACAUACGACAAACUCGGUUUCGAAAGUCCACACACAAGCCCCCUGAAAGUGUAUUUAACAUUUUUUACAUUGUAUAGAAAUCGAUCAAUAUUGUUACACCGUUUUAUGCAGAGUUAUGUAUACUUGGAAACCACGAAUAUCACUCGUUGAUCCUGCCAAGUUUAAACAAAUUACGAUUGUUAAUUGUCUAAAGAGAUUUAAAUUCGACGUCUGUACGAAUUUUCGAUACGGUUACUGCCAGAUUAAAAUUAAUAACAUUAGGAAAAUACGUCCGCGCAAAUUUUCGUGUUCCAAGAAGCGUAGAACGGCUUCACUUUGCAUAAUCAUCGAAAGAAUCGUUUAAUUAACUGAUGAUCAGACAAACCUAGUGCCUUAAAGACCAGUGUAAUAGUACAAGAGAAAGAUAUAUAUUUAUUAUUUGCAAAUUGUAUGAAUGUUUUCUAUAUUUUUGAGAAGAGAUAUAUCUAAUCGUGGAAAACACUUGUUUGAAGAGUUCUUGUGUAUAUAUUACAAAUUGCCUCUUAUCAAUUGUUUGUUAACUGUACGCCUCAAGAUUUAUGAAAUUUUUGUAGGUAAGAAUUUUUACAUAGUCGCUUUGUAAACGAGUUUCUGUUUUCCCGAAGAACUCGUGCUUCCUCUGUACACUUGGCGUAGAAUAGGAUCGCGUUUUCUAAUACUUCCACUGAUUCAACUUCCAUCGCAAUAACGCAGCAUAAUCAAGCCAGUCAAUUAAAAUCAUGUGCCUAAUUGUAUCAGGGAUAUGCGUGUCGUUUAUAUUGAAGAUAGUUAGGAGAUCGAAUAUACCUGCCACCCACAGAUAUUAUAUAAUUUAAAAUUCGCGUCGAAAGUAAUUUUCUACUUGGAUCUCGGUCCCCUAAUUGUUUUCAUAGCAUAUUAACAAUAUAGAAUCUAUCUGUUUGUUCGAGAAUGGUUUCGAAAUAUUUUCGAUUGAAACGAUUAACGGAUCUCGUCUCGAACGCGUACGCGUCGCUUUAUCGUUAAAAUGUUUUUUUCACGUUGCUGUUUUCACUCAUUGUCAGUGUACUCAAUAAGUUUAAAUAAAAAGUGCUGCAUCAGCGAUCUGACAA